GCCAAGCAGCAGGGGCUCGAUGCGGACGCCUGGGCUAACACCUGGGCGGCAUUUUCACACCUGCCACUGGCAGCUUUGGUUUCUGGGCGUCCGCACAGUGGCUGCUUCCCAUUCAUGCUCCAGCUACUGUGCAGCCUCCCGCGAGCCCAGAGCGAAUUGCUGGUGCCCGGGGCUCCGGAGGGAGGGCCUGGGCGACGCUUUCGUUACUGCGCCGGGGCCGACCGGCAGGCUCUUCCAUAGGUGGCUGCGUUUCCGACUUCGCCCUGGCUCCACUCCGGGGGCUUGACGUGCAAACUUCGCCGGAGCGAGCAGAGAGGGAGGGACCGGCGAGGGGGAGGAGGCGACAGGAGGCGCCUCCGCUUAAGGGAGCCGGCCGGGCGCCGCCGCUCGGACGGACGCGCGGACGGAAGGAAGGAGCGGGGCUGCCGGCUGGGCCGGGAUGCGAGCGCCCGCAGGGAGCGGAAAGAAUGUCGGAGCGGGCCGCGGAUGACGUCAGGGGGGAGCCGCGCCGCGCGGCGGGCGGAGCAGCGGCCGCCCGGCAGCAGCAGCAGCAGCCACAGCCUCUGCAGCCCCAGCGGCAGCACCCGCCGCUGCGGCGCCCACGGGCGGAGGACGGCGGCACCGGGGACACCACCACCUCGGCCGCCGCCAUGGCGACGGUUGGGGAGCGCAGGCCCUUGCCCAGUCCCGAAGCGAUGCUGGGACAGUCGUGGAAUCUGUGGGUGGAAGCUUCCAAACUUCCUGGGAAGGAUGAUAUGCCGAUCUUUGGUCUCUGCCCAGCACAUGAUGAUUUCUACUUGGUGGUGUGUAAUGACUGCAACCAAGUUGUCAAACCGCAGGCAUUUCAAUCUCACUAUGAAAGAAGACAUAGCUCAUCUAGCAAGCCUGCCUUGGCUGUUCCUCACACUUCAGUAUUUUCCCUCUUACCUUCUCUGUCCAAAAGCAAAGGCAGUGGUGCUGGUGGAAGCAGCCGGCCUCCCAGUGGAGGGGUCCUUUGCGCAUCCUCAAGCUCCAAGUUACUCAGAUUGCCCAAAGAGAAACUUCCGCUCAGGGGAAACAUGAAACCCAUGCAUCCCGUGCAACAGAUUAAAGUCCCCCACGGACGAGUCAUGACGCCCUCUGUGAAGGUAGAAAAGAUGCAUCCGAAGAUGGAUGGCACACUACUGAAAUCCACAGUGGGGCCAGCCUGUCCUGCUACUAUGAGCUCUGCAGUCAAGCCUGGCCUUAACUGUCCCUCAAUACCAAAGCCAACCUUGCCUUCACCCGGACAGAUUCUGAACGGCAAAGGGCUUCCUGCAAUGCCUACUCUGGAAAAGAAAUCUGAAGACAGUUCUAAUAACAGGAAAUUUUUAAAUAAGAGAUUAUCAGAAAGAGAGUUUGAUCCUGACAUCCACUGUGGGGUCAUUGAUCUGGAUACCAAGAAGCCCUGCACCAGGUCUUUGACUUGCAAGACACAUUCCUUAACCCAGCGGAGAGCUGUUCAGGGUAGAAGAAAACGAUUUGAUGUGUUAUUAGCUGAGCACAAAAACAAAGCCAGGGAGAAGGAGCUGAUUCGCCAUGACUCUCAGCAAGUGCCACAUCCACUCAGGGACCCGCAUCCCACCCCUCCCCGGACGCCACAGGAGCCGCAGCUUCCUGCAGAGUCAAAGCCUUUCUUAGCUAGUAAGCCGAAACCUCAGACCCCUAGUCUUCCAAGGCCUCCAGGCUGCCCAGCUCAGCAAGGAGGAAGUACCCCCAUUGACCCUCCUCCAGGCCAGGAGUCUCCACACCCGCCCUUGCCUGCCACUGAGCCAGCUUCUCGGUUAUCCAGUGAGGAGGGUGAAGGCGAUGACAGAGAAGAGUCUGUUGAGAAACUGGACUGUCACUAUUCAGGUCGUCACCCUCAGCCAGCAUCGUUUUGCACAUUUGGGAGCCGGCAGAUUGGAAGAGGUUAUUAUGUGUUUGACUCCAGGUGGAACCGGCUUCGCUGUGCCCUCAACCUCAUGGUAGAGAAGCAUCUGAAUGCACAGCUAUGGAAGAAAAUCCCACCAGUGCCCUGUACCACAUCACCUGUUUCUGCCCGUGUUCCUCACCGGACAAAUUCUGUGCCGACAUCACAAGGUGGGAUCAGCUACUUAGCAGCAACCACUGUCUCCGCGCCUCCAGUCCUGCUGUCGUCCACCUGCAUCUCCCCAAAUAGCAAAUCGGUACCAGCUCAUGGAACGACGCUAAAUGCACAGCCUGCUGGUUCUGGGGCGAUGGACCCUGUGUGCAGUGUGCAGUCCAGACAAGUGUCGGCUUCAUCCUCACCCCCCUCCACGCCCUCGGGCCUCUCUUCCGUCCCCUCUUCCCCUCUGUCCAGAAAACCUCAGAAAUGGAAACCUAGCAAGUCUAUAAGGCCCAAGGAAUCUUCUGCUCUCAGCACUAACUGUCACAAUGCCAGUAGCAGUACCAGUGGUGGCUCAGGAAAGAAACGCAAAAACAGUUCCCCACUGUUAGUUCCUUCUUCCUCCUCUUCGUCAUCCUCCUCCUCCUCCUCUUCUCAUUCCGUGAACUCUUUUAGGAAAAACUGUGUGGCUCACUCUGGGACUCCAUACCUGUCAACAGCACCAUCUUCCCACAGCAUCGGCCUCAACUGUGUGACAAAUAAAACACACUCGGUGAGCCUCCGGCAUGAGCAGGCAGGGCGGGGUCCCGCUGGUGUGAGCUCUGCAGAGCCCAUCAAGAGGAUGAGUGUAAUGGUGAACAGCAGCGACUCCACUCUCUCUCUCGGCCCAUUCAUCCACCAGGCUAGUGAACUGCCUGUCAACCCACACUCACACACUCCUCUAGACAAACUCAUAGGGAAGAAAAGAAAGUGCUCUCCAGGCUCUAGCACUGUUGGCAACAGUGGCAGCAAACCCACAAAGGUUGCCAAGUUGCCAGCUAUGAACAACGUCCACAUGAAACACACAGGCAACAUCUCAGGGGCACAAGGAUUGACGAACAAUUCCCUCCUCCAUCAGGAUAUCUUCUCUCCUUGCUUACGAACAGGAAUUGCAGAAGCAGCACCCCAGAGCCCUGACUUAAAAACCAAAGGCACGACCCUGACAGCUGACAGUACCACUGGAAGGAAUAAUCCAGACAUUUUUGAAGACAAGCUACGCCUCUGCUCAGCACUCUGGACUCCACGAUGCCUUUGAGUCUCUUUUUCUAACUCCUGUGGGCCUUCAGGGUAACCUCUGGCUGUUUGACAAGGAUUUCCCGAAGCUGUGUCUGUAGCAGUGAGUACAGGUAAAGAACACUGGAUCACCUCAGCCACCGGAUUGCUCUCAGUGUUAAAGUGGUCUGGACUGCUUGCUCCCAAUCCGUGAGAAGUUUGUGUUUGUAUUGUGUUUUGUUUUGUUUUUUCAUUUGGAGCAUAUCAUGGAGUCACUCUUGAAGUAGAUUGGCUGGGGAGGAUCAUUUCUGUAGCCUUGCCUUCCUUUUUCUUUGCCAUCUGUCAGUCAGGCUCCAGAAGGUAGGCACCUUAACUGGAGACUGAAGGCCUCCAAGGAAAGGGGAGUGAGCUGCAUCCUGAGAGCCUCCUAGAGGAUACCUGGCUUUAGAGUUUUAUAGCGCUGUUGAGGAAUAGUACACUGAGAUGUUUGUUGGUCAGUGCGUCAUGACAUAGUAGCCCCGCACCUUUUCAGUUAAUUUGGGAUGAGAAGCUUAUCAAGUUCUUCAGACGUGAGGACUGGCUCGAAGCUGCUGACGCCUGGAUAUUAAGUUUAAAGGAUCUCAGAAGCUUAGUUUUUAUGGUACAAAAGCAUGUGUGAUAGAAAGAGAGAAAGAAAAAGGAAGAAUGAAGAAAAGAAAAAUGGAAAGAGAGACAAGGAAAGCAGUUGGUGAUGAAAAGCCAACUGGGACACUGGAUUCAGGGAGGUGAGAAAAUUUUCAAGUGAGGCAAAAUUUGUAGGAUUUCCAAAGAGCCUGACUUGUCUCGCUGCUGUGAUUGUGUUGAUCAGUGUGUCAGAUUGGGUCAUUGUCUUACUCGGUCUGCUUUUUGAGAUUUGCCUUUUUAAAAGUUAUUAUCAUGUCCUUAAAAUUUCCAAGGCAUUACUCCCACUUCCUCUUUGACUUAGUGUUUGAAGAAGUAAGUGUGAGUCUGUGCUUCCAGGCCUGCUGCCUGCCGUGUGUCUGUCCCGGCUUCCUGCCAGUCCAGUCGCUGGUUGUUUGAAUGCAGGUGGGCUGAGGUGGGGAUCCCCGAGAAAGGGUGCGUGCCACGGAGAGAAGCAGCUCGCAGAAGGGGGGGUGUUUACUAGUGCUCACCCUUCUCUGUUGUGACAGUGACAGCCAUCUGUCUUCCUUUAGUGAGGCUUAACGCCCUCCUUAAGAUUUCUCAGUGCCCCACUCCCAAAGAAUGUUUAAUGUGUUAACACAUUGCUUGAAAAGACGUCUGCCAGUGAACUUGGGCAUGAUUUAGGGCCGGCCACUGUAACACCUCCUGCUCAGAGGACCGAGUCCUCGGGCUUAGGAAGAGUACAGCAGAGUGGCCUACAGGACAGCCCCCAAGGCUCCUAGCCCUGUCCUGGCCAGUGUCUGGGCAUAGCCUUUCUCUACAGUUCUUAGAUUACAAACUUGAGAUUCAGGGAAUUUCAGUCAACAGCAGGUAGAAUGAAUACAUACUUGGUUACCAGCCUAAUAAUGUGAAUUGCUACAUUUACUCUUAUUAUGUAAGAACACAAAGACUUUAUGCAGAUACUUUAACUGUAAAUUAAUGGAAAUGUUGAAUUUUUUAAGGAAGGGAAAACAAAAUCUUAUUCACUUAUUAUGCAGUCAGUCAGUGAAUGUUUGUUUUAAAGAUGAUACUAGAGCAGCUCUGAGGAGAGAGCCCAGAUGGGCCAGUGUGGAAGUUAGGAGGCUCAUCUGGUUGUCUCUCCUAGUGCUGGGCAAGGAGGAGAGGGAAUCCAAGCUCACACAGUCAUUACUCGAUGACAAGUGCAAUGGGGUAUGGGGAAGAUUUAUUUUCAGAGCCGGGACUUGAUGGUUAUAAACAAAGUUGCUUUUAAUGAUGGAAUUUAUAGACAGAUGUUCCAAAAGAUGUGAAUAGGAGCCACAAUAGGAAGUUUAUUCAGAAUAAAGUAGAUACUUAGGUUAAUGAGUGUUAUAAUUUGAUUCCUUAGACUGGGACUUUAAUUGAACUUCAUUAUAUCUCCAGGAAACACACAGAGCCUCCGGAUUAGGAAAAGCCAUUUUUUGGAUUUUGCCUGCCACAAACAGACAUAUUCUAAACAGUGCUACUAAAGUUUAGACUGUUCAAAUAUUUUAUUUUCUCUGACAACUACUUUUUAUGAUGAUGAACAAUUAAGACCAUUUAAAAUAUGGGAGUACAAAUAUUUUUUUGAAUUUAAUCUUAACUUGCAAAAAACAAAUUUGCAGUGCUUGGGUUAUUUCUAGACAGACUUCGUUCGGUGUCAAUUUAAAACCACCAUAAUUUUUUAUAUUCUUUCCAAUAGAAUUCAUAACAGCUUCUGCAGUUUUCUUAAACUACAAAAAAUAAAAUAAAAAAUAAAAAAUAAAAUAAAAGUGCUGCAAUGAUGAACAAAGAAUUAUAAAAAAACCUACUUUUGUAUCUUUAUUUUGGAAUUUCUUGUUCUAUUAUAAAUAUGGAAGUAUCCCUAUUUCAGAAGACAUAUUUUGUUAAAAAUGAAUUGUACAUAUUUAAAUAAGUAUUUUUGCACAGGUCUUUUUUUCUGAUAUCCUGUUUUGGUACAAUUGAGAUCAUCUAGUAUUUAUUUAUUAAUUAAUAAAAAUAAAUACCUUUUUAUAAUUUGAAGUGGUUCACUGCCAAGCCAGUAGUUUAGAACCUGCCUCCUUUACAGUUAAGGGAUGCCUCUGUUGUGUGGGAGUCGCUGUCCCUUUUAGUGUCUUGGGAGUGGUUUUAUACAGAUGAAGCGGGCACGGCGUCUCUGCUGCCUGAUUUCCAAAUAGACUACAUGGAGCUAAGUGACACACUGCUUUUCCUUGUUUAGUGAGUGUGUGAGUGUGUGUGUGUGUGUGUGUGUGUGUGUGUGUGUGUGUAUGAGAGAGAGGAGAGAGAGAAGGGGGCAGUGAGUGUUCCCACUUGCCCGCUUGCUCUCUGAGCACACCCGUGUUAUUAGUAUAUGAUGUGGUUUAAAACUAAUGAGGAAACAAACAAAACACACUGAAAGUGCCUGAACCUAGUUUAAGCUCAGACAGACAUCUUUAAAGACUUGAAUGCUGAGUUGAACUUUUGGAGUUUGCUUUUUCCACCUAAAUAUUAUUUCUUAAAGUUUUAGGGAAGAAGUUAAAAGCCACCAAGACUGGUGAUUUUUAUAAGGUAUUUUAAAAUUGAGACCUUUUGGUUCACAGUAAUUUAACUGGCAAUGGACUACCCAGUGCCACCAAGGGUUAUAAACUGUUGUCAGCCAGCAACUGUUUUGUUAUUCACAGUUUAAGAUAGGAUAUUUAAAAUAUUUUGUAUUAAAAAAUACAAGAAGUACCUCUGAGAACAUUGAAAAAAUGUUUUAAUUUGAAAAACAAAAAAGUAACUUAUAAAGGCAGCUGUCUUCCUGUAAGAGUUCUGUUGCCAAUGGACUUCUUCAUGUCUCCAUGCUGUCCUGGGUUGGGGAAGUUAGGCUUUGAAAAGUGAUUGUUGAACGUUUUACUGUUUAAGAGAGUAAUCAUUUUUACAUCUUAUGUAAGACAUUGUACGUUCUUCAGAUCACUUAGGUGAGCACUACAUACUGUCAGUGAAUGCAGGGCCUUGAAAGGAACUUUUUUUUUGAGCUUGUUCAUUAAAGCAAUCUCCUGUGUUAAAAUGUGUGGCUAGUUUGAUCCAUGUGUACCCAUAAUCCAGAGCGUCUCAGCUGGACUGUGUGUGGCUGCUGUGUAGAAAUGAACAAAUGUCAAGCGUAGAAAAUGACUUUGGAUAUUUAAAGGAGAAGAAAUAUAUAGUCUAUUUGUUUUAUAACAAGUUUCUGUAAAUAAAAUAAUUUAUACUAUUUAUAAGAAAAAGUUGUGUUUUGCUUUAUGAGAAAUUAGUUUGUUACUAAAUGGGCAAUAAAAUUAGGACUUGUCAAUAAAUACGGCUGGCUGCAUGCGUUUCUGCCUUGUCUAGUACCUUUCCCAUCAGCUUUUCAUCAGGCACCCUUUGCUUUUCCUUCCCUCUACUAGAGUCUCAGUUCUCUUGAGACCUUACAGUGUUCCCAUUCUUGGGCAGAGAGCUCUGCCUUGGCUGAAAUCGGUCCCCAUGUAAGCAAGACAGUGUUGUAUCCUGGCCUGACUCUGUAUGUGCAGGAAAGGGAGGAGUUGGUAGUACAAAGACAGCAUUCGGCUUCAGCCUGCUCAUUUGUGAAUUUGACAAAUUUUCAGCACAUUUUUACCUGCUAGAGAGGUUUUAAAUCUGGAGCUCAUACAGUCUUUGAUUUUUUUUUUAAAUUCUCUCCACUUACUAUACAUACAAAUGCACUUUAGUUAUAUUCAAGGUACAUUAAUUGUAUCUAUAAAAAAUCAUUUAAAAAUUUUUUUGGUUGUUGCUUAAAGGAAGCAACUCAUUUAUAUAUGAAUUAGCCAAACUGGACUGACCCCUCAGUGCCUCAUGAACUUCCUUCUCUGAUGGCUUAACACGAUGAUCCAGUGACAAAUCUCCUUGUGGACACAUCACUGUCUUGGGCCAUAAAAAGGGGGCAGGGGGCUUUCUUACUGCCUCUUUGCAAGUCAUCCGCCCUGGAUGGUAAGAAGCCAUCUCAAGGGGCAGAGGUAGCAGUUUUGGAUCUUGCCAUAUGGGAUCUUACUGGCAGCAAUGGAUGAAAGUACAAACAGGAUAAAGGUAAGAUGAAAUGUGGGAGAUUAUUCAUGAAACUUGCUGCAUAGAAGACACGGAUGGAGCUGUGAGAUUGUUGCUGUCAUGACCCUUUAUUCUCAGGAACAUAAAGAACAAGUUCAUACUGACUUGCAGAUAACCAUUGAAGCCCAGAGAUUCUUCCUGGGUCUGUGCAUCUGACACCUAGGUUAUUGCAGCAGCCCGGAAGUCAAAGACAAAUACUCUUCCCUAUUUCUGACCUUGUUAGGCUCUUCAAACAGGUUUUUACUUUACAGUUCCUAAUCAAAAGGCUGUCCAUGGGGCUGCAAGGUGACCCACUGGGAACAGGUACUUGUUGCCAAACCUGAAGACUUGAGUUUGAUCCCUAUGAUAUACAUUAUAGAUUUAUAGACUCCUCCAAGCUGUCGACACAUGUACCAUAGCAAGCAUGCAUGUUCUCUCUUAUACACAGAAUGUAAUAAAUUUUCAAAAGCGGUCUCUUAAACUAGUCUCUUUCUGGUCUAAGAAACUCUUGAUGUUCUUGUUGCUGCAAGCAGUUCACUAAGGUGUUGGUUUUGUAAAGCUGGUUAUUGGUCCUUGUUACCCUCAUUUAAUACAGCCAAAGCUCCUGGGCUAAAGUGGAAACUUAGUCUCAUGGUGCCCCAUCGGGCAAAGUAAAAUUCUCCCAGGAGAGGAACCUCAAAUACUAUGAAUACUUUUGAAAAUAUCCAUCCCUGCCAGUUCCCCCCAGAAGCUGCUGCAGAGAGAAUUGGCAGGAGUUUGGGGCAGAAGUAAAUUGCAAAGCUGCUGCUAUGACCCAGGUAAGCACUGCUGAGUUCCUUCCUCUGCUAAGCGGGAGACUAAUUCUGGAGAUCUUCCAAAGACCUUGAUGUCUAGUUAAGUUGAUGAGAUUUUUGAGUUUUCACCUGUAACCUGCGCAGAAGGCAUGGCGUGCACAGAAUGACAUUGGCAGUAGAAAUGGCGAAUGUACUGGGGAAAAACAGAUUUUAAUUAGAGGUUAAAGAAAUACUUGGCUCAUUUUUUUUAACACAGGUUGGUGACGUCACAUCUUCACAUACAGGGAAAACAAACUCGCCAAAAUGGGCCAGGUCUAGAAUCUGGGCAUGAAUACAUACAACUUAGCUUGACACUGAAUCAGUUACUCUACCACACUUGCUUAUGAUUAAAAAACUAGCCAUGAUUGCUUAAAAAUUGUGUGGUGGCCUUAUUUUUUUUUUCCCUUAGAAUACAUCUAAAAAGGUCCAUGCAACUCGUGAUCAGCAUGUAAGUGUGUGACACUGAAUGCCUCCUUUGCUUUCCCAGCCUUAGUUUUCUGUGGGACAUAAUGCAGGAAUUCCUGUAGUGGCAUCAGUAUUUAAAAUGUAAAAAUCAAAAGAAAGACUAUCAAAGCCAGGAAGGAUUAGUCUGUAUAGUCAAACUUAGGUUUGUUGCAGUGUGUAAACUGUUAGUUGUUAAAACUCUUGGUCAGUUUCAUGGCAUUGGUUUAGACGACUUCCGCUUCUGUUGACAUUCUUCACAGAAGCAUGUUUCAAAGUGGAUCUGGACUUUAGACGUCUGUAGAGUAAAAUGAACCUCAAUAUUUUCCAGAGAUUAUAAAAUAGAAUCAAAGAUGAAUUUCUCUAGGAGUAAGAUGGCCCAGUCAUAGGGAGCUGGGCCUAGAACUGGCCAUGUCUGCUUAAUGUGGGGUGGAACUGUUUUUUUCAUGUCUUGUAGCCAUAUUUCAGAGGUGUCAGGGGUUAGAGGGCUCAGCUAAGUUUAGUUCCCAGAACUCAUAACCCCCUGUAAUUCCAAUUCUAGUACUUACCACAGGCCUCCUGGGGGCACCCCAUAUAUAUGUGGCACACUCACGUGCCCAUUUGUGCACACACACACACACAAAUGUUUAAAAAAAAAAAAGAGUUGGAUUUUGGUUUUCAGCUCUAAGCUGAAACUUGAAGAGUUUAUUCAGAAUUUCUAAGUAAUCUUAAACUAUUUAACAGGGCCUCCAGUUUUGUAUCCAUGCAAAUGGUGAACACAAAACCAUCACCAUGUUAUUUGCAGAGACCUGUCCUUACACUGCUCUAGGCAGUGGGCACUUUUUAAAAAAGUAGUGCUACCUAGAGGUGCCUGGCUUUCUUUCUCAAAGAGCCUUUAUUACUUUUCAUGAAAAGAAGAAAAGUAUUGAUAACCCUUUUUGAAAAUAGUUAAAACUGAGCACAUUUAAGCGAGGAGGAGUGUGGGCAGAGCAUUCUCUGACCUUAAAAGCCAUAGUUGUCUUUCCAGCAGGCCAAGUCAAUUUCAAGUGUGAGUUGGAAAAAACAAAUUCUUUUUGAGUUAAUACAGAGAAUUCUACUAAAUUUAAAAGGGCAUGAAGUUUUUUUUUUUCCUUUUAUUGAAUAUAGUUCUUUUCUCACAUCUUUUUAAAAGUAUGUUAUUUUUUUAAUGCUCAUUAGUGUUUUGCCUGCACGUUUGCCCUUGUUAAGGGUGUCAGAAGCCCUGGAAGCAGUUGUAGACAGGUGUGAGCCGCCAUAGAGGUGCUCUGGUCCUCGACCCCCACAUAGUGUGUAGCUUGAUUAGGGCUUCCCUCCCUUAGCUACUCAGUCUCUCCUUACCGCCCCUAGCCACGCACUGUGUCUCUCGUUAGAAAACAGAUCUCUAAGGGGCAAAAGUAAAACAUAAGACAACAGAACUAGAAUUGGACAAAACAGCAGAAAGGAAAUGGCCCAAGAGAAGGCACAAGAAACAGACGCCUUUGUCUACACUCGGAGUAAACUGGAAACCAUCAUACACUUCUGCAGAGCCUGCCACUCUUCCCAGUCUGACUUCGGGAGCUGUCUUUAUGUCUAGUCAGUCCCCCAACCCCUCUGGCUUAUAGAAACUGGCUCUCCCACAGAGAUCCCGAAGCCUUGAGUGGGAGGGAUUUGCUUUAGUGCUGAGGAACAAGCACAGUUCUUACAGAGACUGCACUCAGUGACUCAUAGUUCUUUCACUUCUAAAUAUAUUUUAUAAUUACUCUUGACCAAAGGCCAAGAAGAAAUCAAUCAGGUAAUUAAGACAUAAAUCUCUACCUUGUUGUUUUUAAAUACUUUAGGAAUAUCCAACAGGCUGCCUCCUUCCUAUCCAACAUCCUGGAGCUGCAAGAAACUACUUUCAAAUACAAGUCUGGCAAUACAUAAUAUUACCUAUACUGCAUACCAGGGACCACUCUUUCUGAGGACAUGGUCUUGACUUUGAAGAUAAUGUAAUAUUUUGUCAUGAUUUUCCAUCCUAUUGUAAUGAUCACUGCAGAGUUUUUCAUGGAGAAAUGCUGAAUUAUUACCAAUUUCCAGUCAGGUGAGAUGUGUUUUCAUUCCUAUAAAUAAACAUGUUCUUAAAA